AUGCUUCAUACCGCCCUUAUUUUUGUCCUCUCAGGCCUCGCCGCAGGUACUUCGAUCCAGCCAUCGCCUACGCCUAGCUCUGCUUCACCAUGGCAAGCAUGUGCAGCUUCCAUGAAUGGCCAACUUCCUGCUCAGACCCCAUCGGACUUCCACUUCUCGGGCAAUGUGCGCAGAUAUUAUGUCGCCGCUGAGGAGGUUCAAUGGGACUAUGCCCCUAUGGGAUGGGACAACUGGCUCGGGGUGCCCAUCGACAAAUCCCCACGCGCGAAACCUUACACCAAGUUCAACACGACUUAUCUCAAAGCCCUCUAUCGCGGGUACACCGACGCCUCGUUCACUCAGCUCACGGAGCAACCGCCAUGGCAAGGAACACAGGGCCCCACGCUGAGGAGUGAAGUCGGCGACUUGCUGGAAAUCAUGUUCAACGAGGGUUCCGACUACGUUCCCAACCCAAGACCCCAUGAAAAUGCCACGAUCCCCCUCUCAUCGGCUGUUCCGCCUCUCGAUGGUGGGAUAGGACCUGGUGAGUGCGUCGUUUACAAGUGGCUCCCAGAUGAUGCCGUAGCGCCGAAUGGAAACGAUCAAUCAAGGGCCUUCAGUUACCACUCCUACGUCGACCUCCUCAGCGACAGCGACGCCGGCUUGACAGGGCCCCAAAUCGUCUACGCCCGCGGUCGAAUGAACGCCACGAUGCAGAACUACAAGGAAUUCCCCUUGCUGUUCGGGACCUACAACGAGCCGACUUCGUUCCUUGGGAACUACUCCGUCUGGUAUCCCCAGGUGGUCAACCUGGCCAGCUCGGGACGAUUCGAGGCGGCGCCGGAGUUCAAGACCCUCAACGGCUACAUCUUCGGCAACAACCCGCCCUUCGAAAUGUGCCAGAACGACCAGGCGAUCUGGUACGCGUACGGCUGGGGCAGCGACAGCCACGUGUUCCACAUGCACGGCAACGCGGUCGUCGUCGACGGCGUCAGGUCGUUCGCCGUGUCCCUCAACGACGGCGUCAGCAAGACGCUGCUGAUGACCGCGUCGGACGUCGGGUUCUGGCAGGCCAUUUGCCAUGUGAAUAAUCAUCAGCAGGAUGGCAUGUUGGCGAAUUAUGUGGUUUAUGGGGCUGGGAAGGGGGAGAUGAUGGGUGAGGACGAACAGGCAUCAUAA